AUGUCGACAUGGACCUCCGGGAGGGAGCAAGGCACCAAUGUUUUCCACAUCUGCGGGUACAGCCAGCACAGGAGCACCGCCGCCGGCGAAAAGAAGAAGACCAUCUUGUCCAGCACGUUCUCCGUCGGCGGCCACAACUGGGCCGUUCUCUUCCACCCCGACGGAUGGAGCUCCGGCGACGAAAUCGUAGCUGGCCUCGUGCUAACGACCAGGCGCGUCAAGGUGAGGGCCUCCUACGAGCUGCAGCUGGUCGACCGGAGCACCGGGCUGUCGGUUUCGGUGCACAAGGAGACACCGAGGUGCUUCCACUUCGACGCCAAAGAUCACCGCAGCUUCAUCUCGUUCUUCAUGAAAAAAAGGAGUCUUUUUGAAUCGCCUGCCUACCUACGGGAUGAUUGCCUCACAAUGGAAUGCACUGUCACUGUCAUCAAGGAGCCCAGGAGGACUGAAACCAAGUCCCUUACCAAAAUUCAGGUGCCGCGGUCUGAUCUCUCAGGGCAUUAUGCCAAGCUGUGGGAAGACAAGGUGGGGGUGGAUGUCACUCUCAGUGCAGGAGGAGAGGAAUUCGCAGCGCACAAGGUUGUCCUCGCCGCGCGCUCUCCUGUCUUCAGAGCACAGCUCUAUGGACCCAUGAGGGAGACAGGGACAGAGCCCAUAAGCAUCGAGGAUGUGCAGCCUGCAGUUUUCAGGGAGCUGCUCCAUUUCAUCUACACCGACUCUCUGCCCCCUUUGGACCAUCUCAAGGCUGAUGAUCGAACCGACCUGAUCCGUCACUUGCUCGUGGCUGCGGACCGGUAUGGCAUGGAGAGGCUAAGUCUGAUGUGCCAAAGCAUUCUCUGCGAAAACCUCUGUGCGGAGACCGUGGCAACCACGUUUGCUUUAGCUGAUCAGCAUCAUUGUGACGUGCUUAAGGAUGCUUGCUUGGAGUUUAUCACCUGUUCAACUGCUAUGGACGCUGUGAAGAAUACCCAAGGCUACAAGAAUCUGAAAAGAACCUGUCCACCUGAUGUAGUUGAAGCGUUCGAGAAGACGUCUAGGUUUCGUAAAGCAUGA